CAGAGGGAGUGGUGGCGGUUGAUUCAACAUGGCGGCAGGGGUAACAAGAAGUGGAAGUUCGGGUAUAUUUUGGAUGAAUGGCGUAUCAGAUGAGGAGCAGCCCUUGGUGUUUGUGCCUGGAGUGGAUGGAGAGGUGAUUACUCAGACCUCAGUCAACCUGGCAUCAGGCAGCACCAGUACAUUCAGUAAAGGAGGCACCGAGAUGCGAGGUACAGCCAGGCGUAGCUCCGGCUGCAAGAAUGAGGCAACACUGAAGAAAGGAGGCAAAAAACAGGGCCACUUACAAAGUGAUCACUCAGGGGUUUAUACAAGGGAAAAAGUUUCAGUCAACAACCAAAGUGCUGCUGAGCGCACUCCUUCCCUGGCGUCUGAUAUGUUUCUACCCCCAUCACAGGUUAUUUCUGAGACCAGUGCAAUCAGGAGCCAAAUCUGUUUGAAGGACCUCUGCUCCGAAGAUAAGCGCCGAAUUGCAAACCUCAUUGAAGAGUUAGCCAGAGUGAGUGAGGAGAAGGAGGUGUCAGUGCAGCGCCUGAAAGAUGAACAGGGAAACUUUGAACGCAAGAUCCAGCAGCUGGAGCAGCAGAACGUGGUCAUAGCACAGGAGAGGGAGAGCCUGCAGCAGCAGUACAGAGAGUGCCAGGAGCUGCUUGGACUUUACCAAAAAUACCUUUCUCAGCAACAGUCGAAACUCAACGAGUCAAUUGCCCAGCUCAGCCAGGUGCCAGCCCACAACAAGGUGCUCAGUCAUGAUGAGGCUCACAGCAGUACAUCUACCACCAGAGCUAAUGGCUCACUCUUUGAUGGCUCCUACCUCUGCGUUGCUGCUAACCGAGCCCAACGGCCUCAAGUGCACAGAAAUAAAACAGCACAGACGUGGCACAACCCUGCCUCUCUUUCCUGUGCUUGUGAGAUCAGUCCAAGUGAUGGGCCCAUCAAACAGCACAGGCUUCACAAAAAGGAGUACAGGGAAUCACACUUGGAGUCAUGCUACAGUUGUGAACCCUGCCAAAGCAGUUGCUACGGAACACAGCAACAGAGAAGUUGCAGUAGCUCUCGUCAAGUGAAUGGCCAACUCGACACCCCCAAACCACAUGAUUCUGAAAGCCUUCAGAGUGGGAUUGCUAUGGGCUCAGUGGCCAAAGAAGCUUUGACCAGUCCUCUGCUCGGUCAAGAGGACUGGGAGGAGAAGCGGCAUCAGCUGCUGUUGCAAAAGAUGCAGCUGGAGAUGGAGCGAGAGAGGCUGCAGGCCCGACUGGAGGAGCAGGAGGAGAGGCUCAACAGACAGAAUCAGCAGCUCUGCCAGUCACGUCUGGAAUACAGCAGGUUUCAAACAGCUACUCAAGCUGAGCUCAGCAGCUCAAAAACUAGGACUGGAGAUGCACAGCUGGAGAAACCCCCCUGCCAAGAUUUACCCUCCAGUGUGCCUGGAGAAGCAGAGGAACAACCUGUAUCUGCUCCUUUAAACAAAAGUCUGCAGACAUGUGAGGAGCCGUCAGAGCCGCUUAGAAGGGACAUGGCCACUUCUCCACCAAGCCAGAGUAAGCCCAAAUCAGCAUCUGUGACAAAGACCCCACAGGCCAGGUUGGACUUUUCUCUUGUUGAGUUACUGGAUAUCAUUAGUCCCGUUCCUGCUGCUGAGUCAAGUAAGUCGUCCAAUCGUCGCACCAAAUGGACACAGCGUAGGCCGGCCCUCGUUACCCCCAAACCAGUGUCCAGAACCCUGCUUACCUCUGCAACGCCUCGUCCUCAGAGUACCCAGCAGGACCUGGAGGAAAGCCGAAUAUUGGAGGAUAUUUUCUUUAUUUGCUGACAAUAAAAUUAAAAGCUGGAAGCACAAAUCCAGUCACUUUUUUUUCCAUUUUUUUUUUUAUCUGUUGGAUUUUUUGAAAAUUGUUUUUGA